CGGGGAUGAAGGGCACUUCCAGGAAACUGGCCGGGAAGCCAGUCCCUGAACUGGAAAAAACUUCUAAGUGCCAGCAGUGUGGGAGAAGCUUUAGCCGAGGUUCCUACCUCAUUCGGCACCAGAGUCUCCACACAGGAGAGAAGCCUCACGAGUGCAGCGAAUGUGGGAAAGGCUUCAGCGAGGGCUCCAAGCUCACUGCACACCUAAGGAUGCACACGGGAGAGAGACCCUAUGGCUGUGGGGAAUGUGGGAAAAGCUUCAACCAGAGCUCUAGCCUCCUUGCCCACCAGAGGACCCACACCGGGGAGAAGCCUCAUCAGUGCACCGUCUGUGGGAAGAGAUAUUCAACAACAGCUCCCAGUUCAGUGCUCACUGGUGAGUCCACAGCGGGCGAGCCCCCAGCCCUGUGUGCAUGUGGGAAAAGCUUCAACAACAGCUCCCGCGUCCGUGCCCACCAGAAGACGCACACUGGGGAGAAGCCCUACAACUGCUCUCGGUGUGAGAAAGGCGUCCCCAAGAACCCUGUCCUUGCCCACCAUCGGGGAGCACACAGAGAAGACACACGCACACCCCAAAAAGGGACACAUGUUAUGAGCAUAUAGGAAAGCCAACAGAUCAGUCCCCUAGUGUGAGUCUCUCCCGAAGCAUCUAUCGGCUUGUGGAGGCUUCUGUGAUCGAAGUCUGUGGCUCAGCAGGAGACUUACAAGCGGAUUUCAGGAACCACAGCAGGGAAAGGAAUCUGCGUAUGUGUGCUGAGGUCUCUUUCUAGGCCUGCCUGUGACCCACAAUCCUGUGUCACCGUGGACUUCCACACAGGAUCCACAGUCCUGCCAGGAAACAAGGGUAACCUUGUCCUGGAGAGAGAAUGGGUGGCUAGAGGCCUGGGAACGGUUUCUGGGGCAGUCAGAGAAGACCUUUUCCCUGCUCAUGGGAAGCACAUCUGGAACUGAGCAGCCUCGAUGAAUCCUAAACCAAUAAUGAGCUCUGGGCACCUGCUCUCUGCCAUGUCCACCUCCGAGUAGGUCACUGCUCUGUCCGCCAGUCACCCAGAGAAGAGAGUAAAGCAGGAGAGACAGCUUAAGCCACAGGGUACCACUACUCUAAGUGACUUAAUCUCAGAGCAGGUGUGCCAUCGGGGUUCCUUUCUAAGAUUUCUCCUCUAUAUCACGCCCACCCAGGUUCCUGGUUUCUUGUGUUACAUUUAAUAGUUUCUACAGGUUUAUAAGCAUUACUAUUUCUAAUGAAAAUAAAGGUGUUUCUCCCUUCAGUCUCUGGGCCUGUUGUGCUCAUUUUCUCCAUUAGAAACUUUAUCCUUGGGGCCACUGGGUGGCU